UCCGAUGGUCUGCUGCUGCAAAAAAGUGUUCGAGGCAAGUACUGACUCUGAGAGUGCGCACAGAGGGAGAGAGUGUGUGUGAAUUCGCACCACGGAUUUAACUUCUUUGAUGCGUUCUCUGUUAACAGAUUAUAGAAAUGCCUUACAUUGAAAAAUGUUUGACAAUUGAUCAUGUGGAACUUUACAUUGACAAAAUAGAAUAGGGAAGUUGAGCUUGCAUACAAAGAGUCUUUUGAGGACUGCUUUGUAGAGCAACAACUAACCCACAUCUGCUGGAAUACGGGAGAGUCUCGCUGCCGGAGAGUGAAGAAAGUAAAAGCCAGAGGGUAAACUAUUUUUUUGGUCCAAUAUGCAGUAAUACACGGAGUUGUGGAAGUGUUGAUGAGACGGAGUGAGUUUUUCGCGGGCGUGGAACGUCAGAAGCGUGGGGGAAAGAGGUCGAGAAAGUUCGAAGAUAGGCAGACGACCACCUGGAGAAGUGGAAGAAUGAAUUAGAGCAACGACUGCUGCUCUGUGUCUCGGCCGCUAGAAAAGGCUCGCUCCUGUCCCCCUCUAGCUCCUCCCACCAGACCCGGGCCGAUGCCCAUGGACGAGGAGAGAAGUGUCCCUACGAUCUGUCCCGAGCCCCCCGACGAUGGGCCCCCCGACUCGCUGUCUCCGGCAGACACGACGCCCGCAGUCUCCACCACAGACACUGAUUCAAGCGCGAGCCCCACCCCGACGCCCUGCCUCGAUACAGAUGUGGCCAAUCUUACCUACACUGAGCCCCUCAUACUGAGGUCAAAGGUCACUCCGAAGGGGUCGCUAGGAGACGAGGGGGACAAUGGCAACAACAACAACAGUCUCUCGCACCCGGAUUUUGCCCUACCAAGCACAAGUAUUACCUGUCAGCCGGCGGCCCGCUCCACGCCCCUGCACCCCGCGCAGCCGUGCCGAACGCAGCCCGCCGGCCAGCCCCGCAGCGGAACCAAGCCCCACAAGCACACGCACUCCUCCGCCUCCUCCGCCUCGCAGCCACACUGUCAGCACCACAGCCACCAGCACCACCCGCCCUACACGCACACGCGCCAGGGCAACGGCGCGGGCCGCGGCGGCGGCGGCGGCGGCUCCCACGACCGGCCCAAGCUGGGCUCCCUGCCGCGGGGGGGCUCGUCCACCUCGUCCUCCUCCUCGGGGGGGCCCCGGCACACCAAGAGGCUGCAGUCGGACCCCUCCAUCGCCUCGCACAGCAGCAAGCGCAGCAAGGGCAGCUCCAACGGCAACAGCUCGCAGAUCCCCACUGAGGCCCAGGACGACUGCUGCGUUCACUGUAUCCUGGCCUGCCUGUUCUGCGAGUUCCUCACCCUGUGCAACAUCGUGCUCAACUGCGCCACCUGCGGCUCCUGCUCCGGCGACGACUCCUGCUUCUGCUGCUGCUGCGCCUCCGAGGAGUGCGGCGACUGCGAGCUGCCGUGCGACAUGGACUGCGGCAUCAUCGACGCCUGCUGCGAGUCGGCCGACUGCCUGGAGAUCUGCAUGGAGUGCUGCGGCCUCUGCUUCUCCUCCUGAGGACCGGCUCGGGCCAGUCGGGACGCGUCACGCCGGGGAAACAACCGCAAACGGCGCCAGGGGCGCGGUCUCCUUGUUGAUUUGCUGAUGAGUCUGGUCGUCGGGGGGCGUGCCGGCGGGACUUGGAGGGACUGGACAGCCUGGGUGAUGACCGCAGAGCUUGCUUUAAACAGGGUAACGGGCGCCGCAGAACUGAGCUGCCCGAUGGAGGCGGUCGCCGGUGCCGAACGUCUUCGUCUUCUUCUUCUUCUUCUCCUUCUUCUUCUACUGCUCGGUGUGUCGAAGGAGCAGCAGUCUCCCUCCUUCUCCCCCGGGGCACGUUGGGAUUCAGCCGGGGUUCUUAGGCGCGUCCGUCCGUCCAUCCGUCCGUCCAUCCAUCAUUCUGUUUGUCAUCCGGCUCAUGCACGGCGGUGUGUGUGUGUGUGUGUGUGUGUGUGUGUGUGUCUGCGUGUGUGGACAGGGCCGCUGGAGCCAGACUGGAUGGGCUCUUAUUAAAACGGAGCCCCUUGUGCCCACUGAAUGGCUGGAGUUCCCCAAGCAUGAAAAACGACCUCCAAAAGGCAAAUGAGAAAAUAGCUCCAUUUAACCGGAUUUUAGUGUUUCUGCAGAUAAGAGCUGGGGCAUAAUGGGAAAAAAUGGACGCUCAGAUCUCCCCGUCGAACUGUAGUCUGUCCUUGGCAAGGUUAACGUCUUUCAGUGUUUUUUUGAAUAUGCAGGGCACCGCGCCCACGUGGGGGAUGCUGUGUCCACGGCUGUCCAUUGUCCCCCCUCCCCCACUCCCCCCCUCGUUUCCAUCACUCAAUCCGAGGGGACACUGUUGGUGGCUAGUGGCAAUAUUACACGAAACAUUCCUUUUUUUAUGAAACACCUCAAGGAUUUAUGGAGAGGGAUGACAACGAAACAGGAUCAUGUUUGUCCUGGAGAUGGGUUCUGAACGGGAAAAUAAAUAUAGACACAAAACCUUUUGGACAUUGACUACAACAAUUGGAUGAUUUCAGUCUUGGACAAUUCCUUUUUUUUUGUCAAAUCUCACACAGUUGCUUACCGAAAAUCUCAGCCUGUAUGGAUUCAGCCUUGUUGUUUUAGUGAGUUAGUUAGACAUUUUGGUGAGGGACCUGUGCUGUUAAAAUCCAUAUUUCUAUGCAGCGUUAAGAGAAACUGGAAAGCUUACAUCUCUUGAGGAAUACAUUCCAUGAAUAUUUGACAUUGCUAUGUGAACAAAGAGACCUCGGCUUUAUCCGAAGGCCCGUCGAUUUUAUGCCUUUUACCAAAUCUCUAUUAAUCCUUGUUUUAUAGAUUUUAGUUUAGAUUUUUACAUUCCUCCUGUAAUGUGAAAAUCACAUUUCUGUGUUAUCAGGUUUGGCAGGUCUCUCCGCAAAAGCAGCCUUCUCUCAAGAUCUAAUUGAAUUCCCUGAGUGAAAGUCUUGCAAUAUUAUGCAAAGUAAGAUCCAUGGGCUUGUGAAUGAAUGUUUUUUUUUUUUGUGAUAACAGGGCUCAAAUUCUCGCAUGCUUAGACGCAUCCUCCAACCUAGUACCUCUUGAGAUAUCACUCAGAUCUGGUAUGCAUUUUAAACGGACUUGAUACAAAUCUCUCCAUACUGUUCGCCGAAUUCUUUCUGUACAAACCUCCGUUUCAAGUUCCAGAAUUAUAUGUAGGCGAUAUAGUGUUUCACUAUACACCUCUAAGAAUCAUAAUGACUUUAGACAUCACAUACAUUGUGGUUUGAUACACAUGCACAAAUAUUGUCCUCCGAUCAUCAUACUGGACACACAAAACAACACAAAACAAUAACUGGACAUCUUUUGUAAAACCCAGUAGAAAACCCUAUGCAAUUGUUCUAGCUUACAUUUUUCACAUUUCUUACACCUUUGGUCAUGAAUCACAGGAAAAACACUGACAAACAGUCCUGGAAAAUCCUGGAAAAUUGUGCAAUCUUCAAUAGUUAUGAAUGAAGGGAGAAGGAGACAAAGACCCUGUUAUUGGACAUGAAUAUAAAUAUGCGAUAAUGUUACGUGUAAUGUGAUUGGCUCAGAUGCAAGCUAUGUCAAAGAUUACACAAUCCCUAAUGUGCCAACAUCUCAGUCAAUUUGUAUCUAUAAUAUUUAGAUUAGUAUCUAGUCAUUGUUAUUUUCAGUAUUUUCCAUAUUCAGUAUUUCUUCUUUAUUUUUGUUAUUGUGAAUUCCAUCAAAGGUCAUUGGAAUAUUACAAAGUUAUCAAUGGUUUCCCUCUAAAUUUAGCACCCCAUUUUGUAAUGCAACUCAGAGAGCAUGUGGAAGUGCCGGUUGCUCUUCUAUUAAGACGUUCCAACUAGCCUUGAUGAUCCUCUGUCUUACUAGUCCAUGAUGUGUCAUCUUGUUUACACUGUCCCCAAGUAUCGCAAUUCCCCUUUGCUCUCCUGGAUGUUACAGCUGAACUGUUUUAUCUCAUUUGGAAUAAAUAAUGUGAAGACUAGUGUAUACAUAAAACACUGGUGUUGAGAC